AUGCCUUCUUUCAACCCGGAAAAAUAUAUACCUGAUUUAUCGGGAAAAGUUGUAUUUGUCACAGGAGGUACCUCAGGUAUUGGGAAAGAAAUAGUUUUCUUCCUGGCCUCACACAAUCCCGCUCAUAUUUACUUCACCGGUCGAAAUGAAGAAGCCGGUGCUGCAGUUCUUGCUGCCGCAAAGGCUAAGGGUCCUAACACUGAGAUCACCUUCGUUAAGUGUGAUCUCUGCUCACCCCGUGCCAAGAUCCGACAAGCUAUUGCUGAGAGCUUCAAGUCAGAUCGCCUUGAUAUAUUCAUUGCCAACGCUGGCAUGAUGGCUACGCCUCCCGGAUUAACGGAAGAGGGAUUCGAGCUUCAAUGGGGUAGUAACUACUUCGGGCAUGCUGUGAUGCUACAGCUUUUGCGUCCCAUCCUGCUGCGCACAGCCGAGAGCGGGGCCGACGUAAGACACGUCGAAGUCACAUCGUACGGCCACAACUACGCUCCGCCUGGAGGUAUUCAAUUCGAGCACUUGAGAGAGCCCGGAGCCGCCGGCGAAUUCGCGCGAUAUGGGCAGAGCAAGUUGGCGCAGAUCCUGUACUGCAAAGCGAUGGCGAAGCACUAUCCGCAAAUCAUCAGCAUCCCCGUGCACCCGGGCGUUGGUAAUACGGGCUUGCUAGAGCAUACAAAGCAGUCUAUAUUAAAGCGACUUAUUUCAGCCUCCAGGUUCCUGUUAAAGAGCGCGGCGGAAUGCGCGUAUAACCCGCUGUGGGCGGCUACGGCUCCGCUCCAGAAAUUAGAGAAUGGGCAAUAUUAUGAGCCGGUCGGGAAGAAGACGGCACCGUCGAAGCUGGCUGAAGAUGAGGCGCUGGCUGAUAAGCUUUGGGAAUGGACUGCUAAUGAGCUGAAAGAUGUGGAGGCAUUAUGA